AUGGAACAACCACUUCAACGCUUGAACGGAAUGCCUCCGACAGAGGAUCAACCGGAUAACCACCGCCGCCACAAAAAGACCCCACCCUCCACCGUACCAACAAACAAAACCGGUAGCUCAAUACGAUACCGUGGAGUCCGACGCCGUCCAUGGGGCCGUUACGCAGCCGAGAUAAGGGACCCACACUCCAAAGAACGCCGCUGGCUUGGAACUUUCGAUACUGCCGAACAAGCAGCGCGCGCCUACGACUGCGCCGCCAUAUCCAUGCGCGGUUCUAAAGCCCGAACCAAUUUCUUUAACCCCGAAACCGAAACCACCGAACAACAUUAUCAACAACACCAGCAACAUUGCCUUUUUCAUUCUUUCAAUGUUCCAAAACAGCAACAAUCUCAACACCACGGCCACGUCAGCAAGCUCAACGCUGCUGAUUAUGUUAACCACACUUGUUCAAACACCAACGCCUCUUUUGUUCCUUCCUUUUUUCAACACUUUCAUCACAAAACCGAUAACAUUAUUUCUUCUUCAGCUUCCGCUUCAGUUUCUAUGGUUGCUGUUAUAAACCAAGGUUGUUAUGGUAAAGAUAAUGUUACUGAACAUAUUAUCGAUGAUGACUCGGAUUUUUUCCCGAGAGAAUCCUCUGGUUUGUUGGAAGAGAUUGUUCAUAAGUUUAUGAAAAGUUCGAAAACAACAAAUAAUGAAAAGAAGAUGAAAACUGAAAGUUUUGUUGGUUCAGUUUCUCAACCAAUAAAAUCUCAUCAUCAUAACAUGUUUCCUGAGAAUGAGGGUUUUGGUUCAGUUUCUUUUGAUCAACAGCAAGGUUUUCCUGUGCAGCAAUAUGAGAGUUUUCAUAAUGGAUUUAACUUUAACAAUAAUGUGGCUAUGUGUGUGGAGGGAAAUUAUCAGGCAGCAGAGUGCUCUAUGAUGGAAGAUGUGUUUUACUAUCCUGAACUUUUUCAUUCUUUUGCUACUAGGAUGCAAAAUGUCUAA